GCUCUCCUCUCAGGGGGGUGCGUUCUAUUUUUAUUCAGAAUGCCGCUGGCUCGCAGUCUGUCCGUCACGUCCCUCUCAGGACUGGAGGAAUGGGACGAGGAGUUUGAUCUGGAAGAUGCUGUUCUUUUUGAGAUCGCUUGGGAAGUCGCUAAUAAAGGCAAGUUGUCGGCUUAUCCUGUUGGAGGCAUCUAUACCGUCAUCCAGACCAAAGCCCGUCUGACCGCAGAGGAAUGGGGGGAGAACUAUUUCCUGGUGGGUCCCUACGUGGAGAGCAAUGUGCGUACACAAGUGGAGCUGAUAGAACCCACCAACCCUGUGCUGAAGAGGACCAUUGACAAAAUGAACUCCAGUGGUUGUAAGGUCUACUUUGGCCGAUGGCUCAUUGAAGGCAGUCCUUAUGUGGUUCUGAUUGACGUGGGAUUCACGGCCUGGUCUCUGGACCGCUGGAAGAGCGAGCUGUGGGAGCUUUGUGCCAUCGGCGUGCCCUGGUUCGACCGUGAGGCAAACGAUGCCGUACUGUUUGGCUUUCUGACAGCCUGGCUUCUUGGAGAGUAUGCAGCCCAGAGUGAGGAGCCUCCACAUGUCGUGGCCCACUUUCAUGAGUGGCUGGCUGGCCUGGGCCUGGUCCUGUGCAGACAGAGACAGCUCUCUGUUGCCACUAUCUUUACCACUCAUGCUACACUCCUGGGACGCUACCUGUGCGCUGGAAAUGUAGAUUUCUACAACAACCUUGCAAAGUUCAACUUGGAUAAGGAAGCUGGCGAUAGACAAAUCUACCAUCGAUACUGUAUAGAGCGGGCGGCGGCACACUGCGCCCAUGUCUUCACCACCGUGUCCCAAAUCACCGCUAUUGAAGCAGAGCACCUGCUCAAGAGGAAACCAGAUAUUGUCACUCCAAACGGACUCAACGUAAAAAAGUUCUCGGCCAUGCACGAAUUUCAAAACCUCCAUGCGCAAAGCAAGAAUAGGAUACAGGAGUUCGUCAGGGGACACUUCUAUGGCCAUCUUGACUUCAACCUGGACAAAUGCUUAUUUCUGUUCAUCGCUGGGAGGUACGAGUUCUCCAACAAAGGGGCGGACAUCUUCUUGGAGGCUUUAGCCAGACUAAACUAUCUACUGAGAGUUAACCACAGUGACGUGACUGUUAUCACUUUCUUCAUCAUGCCAGCUCGAACGAACAACUUCAAUGUGGAGACCCUCAAGGGUCAAGCCGUCAGGAAACAGCUCUGGGAUACUGCUCAGACCGUGAAGGAGCGCUUUGGGAAGAAACUAUACGAGUCACUGCUUGUCGGACAGCUGCCUGAUAUAUCCAAGAUGCUGGACAAAGAGGAUUUCACUAUUAUGAAGCGUGCCAUCUUUGCAACUCAGAGGCAAAGCCAGCCUCCAAUCUGCACCCAUAACAUGCUGGAGGACAGCAGCGACCCCAUCCUUAAUUGUGUCCGCCGCAUCGGCCUUUUCAACAGCUCCUCCGACCGAGUCAAGGUUAUCUUUCAUCCAGAGUUCCUUUCGUCCACCUCUCCUCUCCUUCCCAUGGAUUAUGAGGAGUUUGUUAGGGGUUGCCACCUUGGUGUCUUCCCUUCAUACUAUGAGCCAUGGGGUUACACACCAGCUGAGUGCACAGUCAUGGGAAUACCAUCCAUCUCAACUAACCUGUCGGGCUUUGGCUGUUUCAUGGAGGAACACAUAGCGGACCCCUCAGCAUAUGGCAUUUACAUCCUUGACAGGCGAUUCCGUGGGGUUGACGAGUCAUGCAACCAACUCACCUCCUUCCUGUUCCAGUUCUGCAAGCAGAGCCGGCGCCAGCGGAUCAUCCAGAGGAAUAGAACUGAGCGCCUCAGUGAUCUCCUGGACUGGAGAUACCUUGGCAGGUAUUAUAUAGCUGCCCGUCAUAUGGCCCUGGCUAAAGCCUUCCCUGACACCUACUUAUAUGAACCUCAAGAUCCCACCUCAACAUCAGGUUUCCGAUACCCACGCCCCGCCUCUGUCCCUCCAUCUCCGGCCCUGUCCCGCCACUCCUCCCCACACCACAGCGAGGCUGAAGACAACGACGAAGACGAGCACUACGACGAAGAUCUAGAAGCGGAAAAGGACCGAGUGAACAUCCGUCAACCCUACAACGUGCCGUUCAAAAACAAAACCGCUGCCGUGGUGGGAGCCAAUGGGGACGGCGAAGACGAGAGCGAGAAAAACUAA